CCGGCACCAUGCGUCCUGUUGCCCAAUAACAGGUGCAGCCGGACACGGGGCAUCUGGGCAACCUGUCAGUGCAGGGAGGAGCCAGCUUCCUACCCCCAUCCAUGGCUCCCGCCUCCAGCCCGGAGCGGGGAGCGCUGCCGCCGCCGCCUGGCCGCCCGGCGAACUCCGGCCCGGCAGCAGCAGCAGCAGCUAAUGGCGGAGAAGCUCCCCGGUCUCGGCCUCUACCUCAACCCCGGCAACGUGCUUCUGAGCGGGGCCAGCAUGGACGCGGAGAAGCUGCAGGCAAAUGGGAAAUCAUUUGAGACUGUAGAACUUGGAGAUGUAGGUAUGAAAAAAACAAAGGUUCCUCGGAGAAUCAUUCACUUUGCAAGUGGUGAAACCAUGGAGGAGUACAGCACAGAUGAAGAAGAACAGGAAGAAGAGAAAAGAGAUUUGUUGCCUACAAUUGAUGUCAGCAAACUUCCUUGGGCCCCAUUCCUGUGGUUCUACAUGCUAAGAUUUGCUACGGGAACACUGUCAGUGUGCGACUUCAUGGGAGAAAAGUUAGCUUCCCUUUUUGGUAUAAAUGCACCGAAGUACCAAUAUGCUAUUGACGAGUACUAUAGGAUAAAGAAGGAGGAGGAAGAGGAAGAGGAAGAAAAUAAAAUGUCAGAAGAAGCUGAAAAGAAUUACCAAGAACAAAUAGAAAAGCAGCAAGAUGUGGUCAGUGCACAAGAUAGCUUACCGGCUGUUAAUGCAUCAUUUGUAAAUGUCAGUUUUGAGAUGGAAAACGAUCCUACACCUACAUCAGAAACCAAACAAAGAGGUGAUCCUAUCCCAACUUAGAAGCUCUACAAAAGGAGGAAGAUAAGCAGAUGUUCUGCCCUUUUCUCUAAAAAAUAAACCACGCCUUAAUUUACUGA